CGAACUAUUCCUAAGAAAGUGAUUUCUGUUAGAAAGCCUCAGUGAGUAAACUGCAUUCUGGAUUCUUCUCCUUUCCAGCCUGUCUGUAUUUCUCUACAGAAUUCAACUUGUAAAGAAAGUGUAAAAAUCCUAUUUCUCACUCUCAAAGUCUUAAAAUUUCAAUUCUUGUGGAACACACGAUGCCACAGUUUCAAUUUUUAAAACCAGUAAGAUCCACAGAAAGUGUGAAGGUGUGCAAACAGGAAAUUGAGAGAUCCAAACAGAAGGACGAAGGAGACACUGAAAGCUCUUCUCUAAAAUCUAAGGCAGGGCGUGAGAGGGCUGUCCACAUUGGGAUGUUCAUGAUGCAGCAAAAGGGGGACUCUAUCUGAACACUGGGGUGAUUGAGACAAUGAAUUGCCACAUUAAUAGCACUAUUGCCAAUGCUUCAGAUUUAGAGACUAUUGAAAAUUAAAGCAAUGGCAAUUUUCAACAUUGGGAGCAUCUGCGCCCCAACAAUUCAGCACCAAGGACCUGGAUAGCUCCACUAGCCCAGCUCUUGGGCCCAGCCUAAGCUCCAUAAUCAAUCUACUCCUAGCCAGACUGUCAACGACAGCCAGACUCAUUAGAGAUUUACUGAAAAUCCUCCAAGACUUCCCUUUAAAAACAAAACGACUUCCACAUUUAAUUGUCUAUCUGAAAGAACAUACGCAAGAAAUUAGGAGAUCCAAAUCAAAUUUAUUAAUAGGAGAGCUUGAUGGUGCUUAAUUCCAGAGACCAGAGCUCUCAUUGAUAGGGCUUGAUGAAGAAAAAAAAAAAAAAAAAGACAGUAGGAGGCAUGCAGUUUUAAAAAAACAACAACACGACUUUUACCAUUCUCCAAUUUCUUUGAAUUUUUUACCUGUCCUUGAAAAGUGAGUAAAAUUGAAAACCAUCAAAAUAAUUGCACUUCUUAAAAAUUGGAUUGUAUGAGUGAAAGGUGUUUAUGAGAAGUCGAUGACUCCGGAUUUUAUCAUCCUAGAGGACAGCACAGAAUAGUUAAUAUGUUCCUUGAGGGACCAGGAUGCUGACGUCUUUUACUGAUACUCGAUCAUUACGUGACUGAAGAAAAAAAAAAAGGAAGUCAUUUCAUGAAUAAAAAUCGGAGCGCAACAGUGCAACAAAUAGUCUGUACUUAAAGGCAACAGGCAGACAGAUGUUGACACAGAGAGCUCUCCUGAAACCAUGUUCGGAUAGAUGGUGUGCUAACUGCACAUAUAAAUACCAGCAGAAAGCCGGUCACUCUGCUACCACUGGCAGCAGCAACAGAAGCAGCCGCACCUUCACAGGCAGCCAGACCGACCUCGGAGUGGAGAAGGAGCUACGGACUCUCGCAGCUUCCUGACCCGGUAGAGGCCGGCCGGCCCCGCAGCCAGCCCUCCCCCCUUUCCUUCCUCUCCUUUUCCUCGGACUUUUCUUCUUUUCCUUAAUCUCGAUUCUUUCUCCCAGUGGAUUUAGGGCCACUUCCCUCUCUCUCCCCCUUGGCUCCGCAUCUCUUUUGGCUCCCACCUCUCUCUCCUCGCCCCCUUCUGUCGGUGUCACGCUCCCUCUUAGUUUCGUGCGUGUACAAACUUUUGAACAGAAUACUAGCCUCAGCAAACGAGUCCUCCCGCUCCUCCUGCGCAUCGCUGCGGCUUCUCCGUGGACACCAGCGCCAGACGGGCGAUGCUUCUCGGGUUCUGAUUCCAGGGCAGAAACUCGAAGGAGCCCUUUGCCCGCCGUCCUACUUGGCAGCAAACCUUCGCCAGCAGGGAAUGACCAUGUGCAGCGGAGCCAGGCUGGCCCUGCUGGUCUACGGGAUAAUCAUGCACAGCAGCGUCUACUGCUCACCUGCCGCUGCCGGACUCCGUUUCCCCGGGAUCAGGCCCGAGGACGAGGCUUACGACGAGGACGGCAGCCCGCUGCUGCACUGGAACGACGCGGAGCCGCCUGGCGCCGGGAGCCCCGCCUCCGCGCUGCACGAAGCCUACGCCCAGCUCCACCCCGCCGGCCGCAGAGAUGUCGCCCACGGGAUCCUUAACCAGGCCUACCGCAAAGUGCUCGACCAGCUGUCCGCCAGGAAGUACCUGCAGUCCCUCGUGGCCCCGGGUGUGGGCGGGAGCCUGGGCGGCGGCGCGCUCGACGACGCGGAGCCGCUCUCCAAACGCCACUCGGACGGAAUCUUCACGGACAGCUACAGCCGCUACCGGAAACAAAUGGCUGUCAAGAAAUACUUAGCGGCCGUCCUAGGGAAAAGGUAUAAACAAAGGGUUAAAAACAAAGGACGGCGCAUACCGUACUUGUAGCCAGGAGUUACCAGCGACCCCGUGUACACAGCAACCCUGACACAGUGAAAAGUCGUUUUCCAAACCGAAUAGUCAUCACCGCUCAUGUGUUCUAAUCCAAACAUGUAUUUAUGUAUGAAGUAAAGCCAUUAAAUGGAUAUUUUGAUAAUAAUAUUGUUUUUUUCUUUUUACAAAGCACUAGAGAAUGCACAGAUAUACUUUG